ACACAUCUACGUGUAUUCGAACAUCCAUUUCCAAAUCGAGGAAAUCGAACAAUCCGGCUGAAGAAAUAAUGAUGAUAAGGAGAUCGAUUGCUAUAAAUUUGAAGUCUUUGAGAUUGGUUCAGCCUCAUCUCUUGGAUACAGGUACUCUUAGAACUGAUUUUCUCUGUACCAUUUCUGGUAUUAGCGAUGGGAGAGUCUGUUACGGAGAGAGAUUGAGAAGUGGGAUUGUUGAUAUUAAGGAAGAUGAUGCUAUUGAUCUGUUUCAAGAAAUGAUUAGGUCUCGUCCUCUUCCUAGUCUUGUUGAUUUCAGUAGAUUCUUUAGUGGUGUUGCAAGCACAAAACAGUUCAAUCUCGUGUUAGAUUUCUGCAAGAAGAUGGAAUUGAAUGGGAUUGCUCAUAAUAUCUACACUUUGAAUAUCAUGAUCAAUUGCUUUUGCCGGUGUUGUAAAACUUGUUUUGCUUAUUCUGUUUUGGGAAAAGUUAUGAAGCUUGGGUAUGAGCCUGACACUACCACGUUUAAUACUCUGAUCAAUGGACUCUGUCUCGAGAGUAAAGUUUCUGAAGCUGUGGUUUUAGUCGCUAGGAUGGUGGAGAACGGAUGUCAACCCAAUGUGGUUACUUAUAAUUCGAUUGUAAAUGGGAUAUGUAAAUCAGGAGAUACUUCUUUAGCCUUGGAUUUGCUCAGAAAGAUGGAUGAAAGAAAUGUUAAGGCUGAUGUGUUUACUUACAGUACAAUCAUUGAUAGUCUUUGUAGAGAUGGCUGCAUAGACGCUGCAAUUAGCCUUUUCAAGGAAAUGGAAACGAAAGGUAUCAAAUCUAGUCUUGUUACGUAUAAUUCUCUUGUGGGAGGUCUUUGUAAAGCCGGUAAAUGGAAUGAUGGUGUGCAGUUGUUGAAGGAUAUGACGAGUAGGAAAAUCAUCCCUAAUGUCAUCACUUUCAAUGUAUUGAUUGAUGUUUUUGUUAAAGAAGGGAAGCUUCAGGAGGCUAACGAAUUGUACAAAGAGAUGAUCACAAAAGGUAUAUCACCUAACACUAUUACUUAUAAUUCCUUGAUGGAUGGGUAUUGUAUGCAGAACCGUCUUAGCGAGGCCAACAAUAUGUUGGAUCUUAUGGUUAGGAAUAAUUGCAGUCCUGAUAUCGUGACUUUUACAAGUCUCAUUAAAGGAUAUUGUAAGGUGAAAAGGGUUGACGAAGGUAUGAAACUCUUCCGCAAGAUUUCUAAGAGAGGCUUGGUUGCCAAUACAGUUACUUAUAGCAUUCUUGUCCAAGGGUUUUGUCAAUCCGGGAAACUAGAGAUCGCGGAGGAACUUUUCCAAGAAAUGGUUUCACUCGGUGUUCUUCCUGAUGUUAUGACAUAUGGUAUUUUGCUUGAUGGCUUGUGUGACAAUGGGAAGCUUGAAAAGGCAUUGGAAAUUUUUGAGGAUUUGCAAAAGAGUAAGAUGAAUCUUGAUAUUGUUAUGUAUACAAUCAUCAUCGAGGGGAUGUGCAAGGGUGGAAAAGUGGAAGAUGCCUGGAAUUUAUUCUGUAGCCUACCUUGUAAAGGAGUGAAGCCUAAUGUUAUGACAUACACCGUGAUGAUUUCAGGAUUAUGUAAGAAAGGGUCACUAUCUGAAGCAAACAUCUUGCUUAGAAAAAUGGAGGAAGAUGGGAAUGAGCCAAAUGAUUGUACAUACAACACACUAAUCCGGGCACAUCUCCGAGAUGGUGACUUAACUGCAUCAGCUAAACUUAUUGAAGAAAUGAAGAGUUGUGGGUUCUCAGCAGAUGCUUCCAGUAUUAAGAUGGUUAUUGAUAUGUUAUCGAGUGGUGAACUGGACAAAAGCUUUUUAGAUAUGCUUUCUUAGCGGUUUGGUGGUUUUUAAUUAUUGUCUUAGCAAAGGUUCAAAGAGCCGAGAAGAUCUCCUGGUGUUAAGCGUUUCAGAGGAACUCAGGCUUAGUAGCUGAACCUUUGCUAAAAUGUCUAGAUACAGCCUAAUGGUUUGUCUGUUUGCCUUGACACCUUCUCAAAAUGCCCUUCAACACUAUUACUGCAUCUCUAAACUUCAACACGAUCGAAGCUCAUGGUAUGAGUUCCGCAGAACUGCAUAGAGAUCUCAGGCAGGUAGGGAGAUCAGAGGUUCUAAAGAAAGUUCAAGAACAGGGAUGUUAGGGUACUUGUGACUAACGAGCGCUCGGCUCGGGGUUUGGAUGAUGCGGAAUGUGAUCUCAUGGUUGAUCUUGAGCUUCCAACAGAUGCGGUUCACAAUGCUCAUCGAGCUGGAAAAAUGAGAAGAUGCGGUUCCUUUUCUUACUCUGUUUGCAGAUACUUUUUGUUAUAACUAAUUAAAUUCAGAUUUUUUUUUUUUAUCCCUUCUAAUACACUAAACAUAUUUGUACUACACUACACUAAGAACAUAACCAGUGUUGAAUUUACAGUAUGA